UCCUCUAGCCGCGCAGCGCCUCAGCAGAAUGGCGGCUCUUUUGGAAUCCAUCCUGUCGAAGAAAGCGGACAUUAAAACCGUCUUGGCCUGGCUAAUAAAUCAAAAGGAAGAUGACAGCCUGGCAUUCAGUGAACCUGUCGUGACGGUUCACAAACAAGAAUUUGUCCCCUUUCUGUUAAACUUCCUGAGGGAGCAGAGCAGCCAGGCGCUCACUCAUGGCCCUGCCACGCCCGCCAAGACCCCCAGCCGCCCGAGACCCGCUGCCCAGACGCAGGGCUUCAGCGACAGAAGGGGUUACAGAUCUGCCGGUGGCGGAGCCGGUUCUCGGAGUGCCAGCCGGGUCCAGCUGUUUUCGCCCGCCUCCUCGGUGUCACCUGGAAAUGAGCCGGACGCUGGACAGUCCGGGUCACACUGUCUGAGUGGGGUCAGCGCCUUCAGCAGCCCUUCUUUCACCGCGGCUUGGAGCCCCGCCUCCAGGCCGUCGGGCAACGAGCGCCGCCACAGCAAUAGAAUCAGUCUCGGGGACUACAUGGUGUCUCCUCCUGAGCACCAGCCCAGCCCGAACUUCCAGUCUCAAAAGGGCCGCAGGAGGAGUGGCGGCGGCGGCGGCACGGCAAUAGUGGGACAAGGGAAACAUGGAGCAGGGCGGGGGGCACAUCACGGUGAUGACACAGGACGCUGGGAGAGUGGGGUAAGGAGGUCGGGUCGAGGCGGAAGCUUAGGAGGAGGAGGGCACGGCAGGACAAGCCAGCAGGUGUCCCCUCCAUCCGUGGGGCAGCUCAACUUCAGCAACUUGGAGGACUUCCCUCCUGUCGGGGCGUCACCCAUUGCAUCGGCGGCGCCUAAACCAUCCAGAAGAAUAAACCCGACACCAGUCAGUGCUGAGCGGCCGCACUCAAAACCGAAAACCUGCUUCACCUCCACGCCAUUUAGUAAACCUUCUACACCGCCAUUAGUUGUGGAGGCACUUGAGGGGUCCGUGGCAGUGGGCAGUCCUCUUAGCCUGCAUGAAGAAAGGGAGCUUCUGAAGAGGGAGAAGACAAAGCGUGCCCAGCAGGUCGGCUCUCCACUGACGACCUCUUUAGACCCGUGCACCCCGACCAAGUCAGGGCUCAGGACAGGAUCUAAAGUUACACCAGAUCUGCAGACACCGUGUCCUCAACCUUCCAAAGUCACCUUCUCGAUGGAACUGGAGAUCCUGGCCGAGCUGUACUGUACCUGCAUCUCUGAAAACCUCGUGCCAAACAUUUUCCUGGAGCUUUUCUUUGUGGUGCAGUUGCUCACGUCUCAGUCUCCUCACAGUCAUGAUGAUGAAGAACAGGGAAGUUUGUGCGCAGGGAAUUCAGAUAUCCUGGAGAGAUGUUACCUGAGACAGGUACACAACUGUGUGUAUUUUGCGGUGAUGGUACUGGAGAAUCAGUUUCAGUUGGUAGCUCAUUUGGACAAGUGCACCCUGCGUCUGCUGGCAGAGAACGAACGGGUGGCAGCUUUUUCUCCGGAUCUCAGGGACCGUCUGACUCAGGCCCAGGACAGAAGCACAGCCAAACUCUCUCCUUCAGUUUCCACUUUUAUUCACUCGGUCUCGUUCCAACCCGCCACUGACAACCGCUCCAACUUCGGUAGUGACAAGGCCUUCCACACCUUUAAAAAACAGAGAGAUAUUUUUUACGAGGUGUUGCGAGAAUGGGAGGACUUCCACAAGGAGCCGGGCUGGAACUUUGACUCUGUGCUCGGGAGUCGGAUAAGAGGAAUUAUGAGUCAACUGACCUCUGCAGGAAACCAUUCCCACUUUUCCCGUCUCUUCCUCAGGCAGCUUGUUCAGAUGUGUAAAGGCCCUCGGGUGAACAGCUCUCCUGGAGAUACCCCUGAUGCUGACCUGCUGGGCAUGCUGGGAGCUGACAGCCUGGGCCGUCUCAAGCGUCUUGAAGAGCGUCUCAUUCAGCCUCAUGGAGUCGCGGGUCCCUGCCCUCCUCCAUCCUUCCCUGGUCACCAGGAGUUCUUCAGGGAUUUCCUGCAGACAGCCAGCUGCUGUCAGCUGAACCAGCACUUGCAGGACAGUCUGUGUCAGCAGCUCCUCCAGCUGGAUGAGGUGUCCAUCCUGAGCCCUAAAGCUUCCAUCGGGGAGGGCGAGGAGGAGGCAGAGGGGGACAUGGAGCAGCAGGAUGAGAAGCAGCGGUUCACCUCAGUGCUGCUUCACGCUCGUCUUCUUGCCAAGUUUCUUGGAUUCAUAACUUUUCUACCUUACCAAACAGCUGAGCGACCAUCCAGGGAAAUACAGAAGACCGCUAUAGAGCUGCGCAGCAAGAGUGCUCCCGUGCUGGAUGUGUGCGCUGUGCUGAGCAACAGUAUGAAGAGGAGGCGCACCAUCCUGACAGUGCCCUGGCUGGUGGAGUUCCUCUCCAUGCUGGACUUCAUCGGUCCUCUGCUGCUCUGCUAUAGAACUGUACUGGGCACACUGCUUCUGCUGUACAGGAGAAUGCUGCUGGACAGAUGUGGAGAAGUGUGUUACCUGAACAAGCUGCUUAUGGUGUCUGUGUUGGGUUGGCUUUUCCAGAUCCCAGUGAUUCCCGAAGACAUUUUCUUCACCAACGAUUUCACUGAGGUGGCAAAGCUGGAGGAGAGCAUCACGAGUGCUACAGGACUUGACUGCAUUCCUCUGGUGGAUCAGCAGCUUCUCUAUACAUGCUGUCCAUUUCUUGGUGAGUUCCGUAAGCUUCUCGCUGCCUUUGUGUCUGGAAACACGGCCAAAAGCGGAGGAAUCAUUCGCAAGAUCACGCCGACUUCUGCUGAGCUCAAGGACGCGCCCAUCGCCAACAGGUCGCAGCAGAAACUACAGGUGGACCUCGAGCAAGCCUUCUUCCACAACCAGCCCCCGUCGCUGCGGCGCACCGUGGAGUUUGUGGCAGAGAGAGUUGGAUCCAACGCCGUCAAGCACAUGAAGGCAACGUUAGUGAGCGAGCUGGUGGAGCGAGGGGAAAAGAUGCUGAAAGGUGGACUGGAGUCACCAAACUCAAUUCCUUCUAAACUGAAUGAUUCCAUCUGUGCUCAACUGUGUGUCGCUGGGCUGGAGGCGCUGGCUAAAGCCACCAGAUUUUGCGAUGAGAAAAGUCCUGAAGCCAUACGAAUUCUGCUCCCCGAUGAGACCUCAUUGUCUGUCUUGACCACAUCUGAAAACAUCACCAAACGUCUUGCAACGGAAAAAGCCUGCAGCUGGCUCUCAGCCAACAUCACAGCCCUGAUUAGACGAGAGUGGAAGAGCAGGUACGAUCGUGUGAUGAAGGCGAUUGGAAUCCCGGCGGCUCCAGAGUCAAGUGAUGUGGUCGAGCUGGUCACUCAGGAGCAGUCGACUACUCCCAAGAGGAAACAAGGAAGCGAGAGAGUGACAUCCUGCCCUCCAGACUGCACCCACCGGGCUUCACUGCCCUCUGACGUCCUCAUAGAAAUGAAGGAGUUGUUAAGUGUUGCAGUCGGCCCCAGGACUGACGAGGAGCUGCCGACUGGCUCUCAGAUCAUAACGCUGCUACAGAGAGUGGGAGAAACACUUGCCUGCAGGAAGUUUUCAACUGCAGUGCCAGAGCAGAUGCUGGUGAACACAACUGUCCUACUAGCCUGCAAACUGGUGUCUGCAGAGCUUCCAGUGCUACCUCCGCCAGUCUGCGACGAAGGUGACGGGGUUGUUGUGGGUCGUUCCGGGUCAGAGCCUCCAGUCAGAGCACUGCUGGAGCAGCUUGCUGAGCUGUGGGAAGGAGCGUGCUGCUCCUCCGCCCCCCUCCACCUUCUCUUCACCCCGCUCACUGUCGCUGCUGUGCUGAAGGCCAGCGACACUGAGUGGAACAACUACCUGUUCCUGGUCAGACAGCUGGUUGAAAGAGGGGUCCUGAGCCAGGAAGAGGUCGUAUCUCAUUGGAAGAAACUAACAAACUUGGCCUUGCCCGCGGAGCUAAUAGAAAAUUUUCAGCUGCAGUCACAGAGUAUUAAGCCUCAGUCGCCUCUGGCUGAGCUGCAAAGCCAUCUGGACAUGCUGAAGGUGUCACAACAGACAGUAGAGGGCGCUACAUGACUACAGUAAUACGUCCAGUGAAACCCACAGCAUCUUUUCUCCGAGCGCCUCAGUGUUUCAUGUCACUUCUGUCAGUGUUGUCCCUCAAGAAAGAGAGAACGUUUUUGUGCCAAUUUCCUGAUCAUUUUCUACCGCACAGCACAUCCAAGCUGCUCCACGGUGCAGUGACAGCAGCCUUUUAUGAAUCCCUCUUUGGUAAGGUGUCAGUGUGAAACGCAGUGAAGCCCUGCCAGUCAGAAAGAACAAGGGUCCACAACAUCUCAAACUUUAUACAUGUUGAACUUUGAAUCUGUUCAGUCUGAUGGAAGUAUUAGUAGAUCAAAAGGUCUAGACUUUAACAAGGAAUUAGCAUUGACAUAUGAAGGGUGAACAUCAGAAUAUGCACUGUAUGUGUUUCUGUCUAGCACUUAAUAAUUUUAGCUCUAGGCAAUUAGACAUACAAUUAUUUUCUCAAUUUUCACAUGUAAGGUAUCUCUUUACAAGCCAUAGUUCAAUCUAUCGAGACUUAAAAUGCUGAUUUUAAAGACACUCUGUGGAGAAUUAAUGUCUUCAUUUUAGUACAGCACUUUCACACAUUGCCUUUGACCGCAACUACUAGUGAUUGCAUGUUUAUUUCAUGAAUGCCAAACCGCGUUUGUGAUUUGUUUUUGUUCAUGUUGAACGACUGUUGUAUCUCCUGCUGCUUUUAAACCUGAAAUAUUUUUUAUGUUGCCGUAAAAUAAAUUUAACAAUAAAGAUGUAACCUGCUCUGAUUUUGUA